GGUCUGGUCUAGGUAGAUCCAGUUUGUUCACUCCCAUAGUGUAGCUUGUGUACAGGCUUCAAGUGUCCCCACGAAGACCAGUGCUGAGGGGGGGGGGGGGACUUUGUAGAGUGGUCCAGGGUCUUGUACCAAUAGCAGCCAACCCCCUAUCCCAGCAUCUGGUAUAUAGAUCAGACUUCAUACUAGUAGGAGGUGCCUGUGGGUGGGGCAAGUAGCCAGACAGGUUUAACAGGUAUGUGGGAACCUAGAGGGUUGGCCCAAGGUCAGGUGCACUCCUUUAGGGAGGGGCGGUUAGCUACCUAGUGGCAGACAAGCCAGAAAUUGGGGUCAGAACAGAAGAGACGCUUCAAUCCCACACAAGGAAAGGUGUUUACAGGUCUGAUCUGAAUGCCUUGUCCUCGGCUGCCUUGGCUCCGCCGCCACCGAACCUCACAGGGCUCUUGCCCCAGCUCCCCAAGUACCCUCUCUGCACCCAACUCCCCUGCCAGAGGUGAAGAUGAAGAUGCAGAAGAGGAGGGUGAUGGUACCCCUGGCUCGGGCCCCAUUUUGCCCCCUGCAACCCCCAUGGAAUGUCUUAUCUGCGUGUCACCCUUCGACGGCAUUUUCAAGCUACCUAAACGCCUGGACUGUGGCCACGUAUUUUGUCUCGAGUGUCUGGCACGCCUGUCGCUGGCUACUGCGGGUGGCGGCGAUGCAGUGGCUUGUCCCAUGUGCCGCGCACCCACACGCUUGGCCCCGCGCCGGGGGCUGCCCGCCCUGCCCACGCAGCCCGGUUUGCUGCCUAGCGAUGCGCGCGCGCCACUGCCGCGCCACGGUUCCGUGCGCUUUGACCGACGCCGGGGGCUUCUGUACCUGCGGCCACCACCGCCGUCUCCCGGGCCGCGCAAGAGCCGCACAGUGCGCGCCCCACCGCCUCCACCCCCGCUGCGACUCGGCCGCCCGCUGUCACGUCGCCUGUCCAUGAGCAGUCCAGCAUGGGCCUUCAACGCGGCAGUGGCACUGGCUGUGCUGGUGGCCGCAGGUCUCGUGGUCUCUGGUGUCUACAUCUUCUUCCUCAUUCCUCACGUCACCAAUUCCGGUGUGCGGCCUCAGGUUGUGGCGCUGGCCCCUGAAAAUGGCUUCUGGGUCUCACCAAGGCCCACGCCAGUGGCGCCCUGGACCCAUGCCUGGACACGACGCCCCACAAAGCCUGACCUGGACCUGGACAAUACCCUGCCAGAGGCUACCAAAGACACACCCGAGUUUGAGGAGGCUACCAAAGACCCAGCAGAAACACAAGGGACACCGGAUUUACCACCAGAUCAAACACCAAAGGCAGAGACUGAUCUUAGCUGGAACCCGAAGGCUCGGGCUGACGGGAAAAAGGUGCAAUUGCAGCAAUAAAUGCCUCCACGCUGCAGGUCCAAUCUCCUAGCCUGGGGACUUCUGUGUCAUCCUGGAAGGCAGUAACAAAAUGCAUACUAAAAUGCCCAUUUCUCUGAAUCAGGGACUGGAAUGACACGAACUCUCUAAACCACGGUAAUUAUUCUACAAGAAUCCUCUGAGAACAUCUGUAAUUCGCAUGAUCAUCCAACUAAAGGUAUUCUCUCUGGCCACGACCUUAAUGAACAGCAUACCUUUGUAGGUCUAGAUGGGGCGCCCCUGAUGUUCAUUUCUGUGGAAGUCCAGCCGGCCUCUUCCCCAAUGUCGUCUACACAGAACUGUGUCAGGGCACUUUAGCCUUGAUCUUGAUGGAAUGCUGUUAGGAGCUCUUCAAGGUAUACCAGCACAGCCCCCUGCUGGAGACACGCCUGGCCAGCUCUGGAGACUGAAGGAUCUGGUCUACUCAUCUUUUGGGCUUACUGCAGGGGCUUGGGGCUCCCAUCUUGGGAACACCAAACGGGUGUUCUGAUCAUGCAUCCUGAUGCCCACAACCAGUCUGUAAAUUUCAGCACCUGCACAUCUGAUCAAGAUUCCAACUUGGAGGAGCAAAUGUGGCCUGGCUAGGGCUGGGGAGGGCCCUGACUCCUGAAGACUGGCUCCCGUUUGAGAAGUAAAUCGCAAACUGAUCUAGGGACCUCGACUUCUCCUCUGGAAUAGUUGUGGUCAUCAAGGCUUAGAGAGCCAAGGCCUCCUGUAGCUCAGACAGAAAUAUUCAAUGAGGGAAGGUCUGUCCCUCACUAGCUAACAUGAGAGAUGCUGUUAGCUACUCCUGGGCUCCAUCAGCUCUGCCUAGCCUUCCUUCUGCCUCAGCUAAAGUCUAAGUCUUUCCAGUGUUCAACUCUGUGGAAGAUGGCUCCUGUCUUCCUCCCAAAAGCCAUAUUUGCUUAGACAGAGUUGGAGGAAGGCAGCUACUCUCUGCAUAGGCUGAUCAAAGGGCCUCCGAAACCACCUCCUACCUCACCUCACCCGGCAUGAGACACUGUAUAUGUAUAUGUAUAUGUAUAUGUAUAUGUAUAUGUAUAUGUAUAUGUAUAUGUAUAUGUAUAUGUAGGCAGCAUUUUCCACAAUGAGAUGUGACUUCUAUGUAUCUGGAGGCUUCUGAGUGGUUUAUUUACCUGUGUGUCCUCAGCACCAGGCAUCAGUUGAUUCAGAACAGUUGCCAGGGAGUGACUACAUCAUGGAUGACCAAGAGGCAGCCUGGGAAUGCCCAUGGGCACACUAAGCUUGUAAGCUCCCAGCUGCCAUGGGCCCCAGCAUGUCUGUGGGAGCAACUCAUCUGCUUCUUCCAGGUAUGAAGCCAGAAGAAGAACAUCAGGGAACCCAAGGGUGUACCUUCCCAGACCAGUUCUUGGCUCACCCUUGUUUGCCAACAUCACCCACAGAGCUGGGAUCAAUGCACUGGAUCACUGGAACCACACUGCCCAGCUUCACAGGCUGAUCCAGAAGGGAGCAGAGUGAGUGGUCUGUGUUAGUUUUCUCUGGCUACUAUAACAACUUAUCCCCAGCUCCAUGUCUUAGAAUACAUAUAUUACCUCACAGUUCUGCAGUCCAGAAUUCUAAGAUCCUAUCAUGGGGCAAAAACUGAGGUGACUAAGUAUGGUGGCAGAGGACUAUAAUGCCAACACUUGGAAGGUAGAAGCAGGAAGACCAGGAGUUCAAGGCCACUCUUAGCUACAUAGUGAGUUUGAGGCCAGCCUGGUUACAUGAGAUCUUGUCUUAAAACAAAAAUCAACAAUCAAUCAAUAAAGUUGGGGAGCCAACAGUCCCAGGUUGUCCUGAAGACUCAGGGAUUCUAUGUCUUAGUUUUCCAGUUUCUAGACUGCCUUCCUUGGCUUGUGGUUCCCUCAAAUCCAGCAACACAUCACCAAAUGACCUUGACAUUGGAACUAUCUUCUUUCACUUAUAAAAAUAUUAGGAGUAUGUUGGACCCACCUAGCCAGAUAAUCUAAGACAAUUACCUAAUUCAAGAUUUGUGUGUGGGGAUAAGGGGAAUGCUGGGGAUUGAAUCCAAGAGCUCAUGAAUACUAGGCAAGCACCCUUCUACUGAUCUACAUGUCCAGUUAUUUUUGAAUUUUUAUUUAUACUUUUCAUUAAAAUUUUUAAUUAUGUA